GCACGGCUGCCGGACGGUCAUUGCAAGCCGGAACCUGCAGCGAGUGUCGGAGGCCUCUAAAAAGCUGGCGGCAGCCACAGGCCAGCAGUGUCUGCCUCUGUCCGUAGAUGUCAGGCAGCCCCAAACCAUUGUGUCAGCGGUGGAUGAGGCACUGAAAGAGUUCAAGCGGAUUGACAUCCUCGUGAACGGUGCUGCAGGAAACUUUCUGUGCCCAGCCAGCGCCUUGUCCUUCAACGCCUUCAAGACCGUGAUAGAUAUCGACACCAUUGGCACCUUCAACACCUCCAAAGUCCUCUUUGAGAAAUAUUUCCGGGACCACGGCGGGGUCAUCGUUAACAUCACGGCAACCCUGAGCUACCGAGGGCAGGCCCUCCAGGUGCAUGCUGGUACUGCGAAGGCUGCCAUAGAUGCCAUGACCCGUCACCUCGCUGUGGAGUGGGGACCCAACAACAUCCGAGUGAACAGCUUGGCUCCGGGCCCCAUUACAGGCACCGAGGGCUACCGGCGGUUGGGUGGGAAAUUUGCCGAGGAAGCAAGCCAGUUCGACACAAUCCCCCUCCACCGCGCAGGAAACAAGACAGAGAUCGCCCACAGCACGCUGUACCUGGCGAGCCCUCUCUCCUCCUACGUGACGGGCACCACCCUGGUCGUGGACGGUGGGAGCUGGCUGACCUCUGCCAACAAUUUCCCCGCCUUGCUGGAUUUCUGGGCUGCAGGAGCAAACAAAAAUCAAUGA